GAUCAUCAACUGAAUUAGCUACUCUAUCAGAUUUUUUAAAGCAAACAUCUUUUGAUAAACAAAGACAAGCUAUGUUUUCUACGACAAGUUUAAGUUCAAAAAAUCAUGAUUCAACAGUGAUUCCCAAUCAUUCAAAGUCGUUGUACGUUACAGUUCGGAAAGAAAAUCUUAUAUAUCGCUUAGGAAACCAGAUGUUUAUUUAUGCAGCAAUGUUGGGCAUAGCAAAAGCACAAAUGAGAUUGCCCUUUGUUGAGGAUGGGAAACAUCUUGGACAAACCUUUAAAUUAAAUUAUGUUAAUAGUAAUAUAAAUACUUCUAGGUGGGAACUGAAACAUGUUGGAAGAUAUGCAACAUUUGAUCCUGAUCUUUUUCAUCUUCCAAAUAUCAACAUUUCUCUUAGAGGAUAUUUUCAGUCCUGGAAAUAUUUCUCUCACAUACAAGAAGAGAUAAGAAGAGAAUUUACCUUUCUCCCUCAUAUUACUGAACAAUCUGUUGAGUUUUACAAGAAACUGUCAGAAAGUUAUAAAAAUCGUACUUUCGUUGGGGUUCAUGUAAGAAGAGGAGAUCUUCUUGACGCAAAAAAUCAAAAGAGAGGUUCUGUUGUUGCAAAUCAAUCAUAUUUUCUUAAAGCUUUCAGUGUGAUGAGAUCUAUUCUGCCUAAACGCCCUCUAUUUAUAGUUGGCAGUGAUGAUCUAGAGUGGUGCAAAUUAAAUUUGAAUUUUACCGACGUCACCGUCCUCAGUCCCAAUUCACCAAUGAUACAUUUGGCUAUUUUCGCGAAUACCUCACAUAUGGUCAUGACUACAGGAACUUAUGGAUGGUGGGCAGCUUGGCUAGCUAAUGGAGUGACAAUUUACUACAACAAGUUUCCUGCACCGGGUCUUGUAUUCGAACGAGGUUUCAAUAAAGAUGAUUAUUAUCCACCAACUUGGAUAGGGCUUGGAGAUUAA